GGACGUACUGCUGAGCCUGAGCGGCUCCUCCUUUCACCGGCCCUCCCUCUCCUCCUCCCGGUGUGGAUCUGAAUGAGAGCAGGGGGAUCGGCCGCAUAUCUAAAGCGCAGCGGGCCGAGGGGAGUGUGAGAAUUGCUGGAUAAAGUAAAAGAAAGGAAUACUGUACGUUAAGAAAGCACAAUGGAGUUCUAUGAGUCAACCUAUUUUAUUGUCCUGGUUCCAGCUGUGGUCAUCACUGUUAUCUUCCUUUUUUUCUGGUUGUUUAUGAAAGAGACCUCUUACGAUGAGGUGCUUGCAAAGCAGAAAAAAGACCUGAAACCACCUCCUGCUAAAAUAGACAAAAAGAAAAUUGACAAAAAAAAGAACAAAAAGAAAGAAUCUCACAAUGGCAACACUCAUGAAUCUGACUCUGAAACGACGAUUAGGGAGUUUGAUUUGGGAGAUGCGCUGUCUGUUGAGGAGGAGCACGUAGUUCCAUCUGUAACUGGUACAGAUACUAUGGCUAAUAUCCGAGAGCGUAAGAAAAAGGAAAAGAAACCGCCAAAGGUGGCGACUGAAGAGCAAAUUAGUAAAGAAGUCAACGGGACAAAGUUUUCUGGGAAGAAGGUGGAAUCUGUUCCAGUUACAAAGCAACCAUCUCCACCGCUAGAUACCCCAGGAACCAAAAAGAAGACAGGCCAGAAGAAAGCGAAGAAUGGACAAGACGACUCCCCCAUCAGUCCCGACCUGAAACAUGAACAAGUUGUGCCUUCUCCCAAGAAGCAGGAACCCAUCCCAGUGGCUGUGGAGCACAAGCAACAAGAGACUGGAACAGGAAAGAAAAAAUCUGCAGCAAAGAAACAAAAGAUAGAAAACGUUUCUGCAGUGGUAGACGAGCCAUUAAUUCAUCCUACAACUUACAUCCCAUUAAUGGACAAGUCGGAAAUUAAUCUUGAAAAGAAGGAAAUCGUUAACCUGGAGAAAUCUGAAGUUACUGAGGGACUCCAGAAAACGGGCAACAAGAAAGCGAAGAAUGUGACAGACAGAGAAAAUGCAGAAGUGAAAUUUAAGGAUGUCCUGGGGUCAAUGAAGAAUUUGAACUUCACAGAAGAGGAAGCCAUGUCUGUACUGGGUCUGCUGAAGGAGAAGUCCGGUGCUGUACACAAUAUAAUCCAGAAGGCGAACAAGAAUGAUUCUGCAGCAGCUCUGCACCAACUGCAGGAAAAAGAAAAGCUGCUUGUUGCAGCCAGAGAUAGCACAGCGACUGUGAAGGAGCAAUGCAAGCAGCUUAGCCAGGAACUUCUAGCAGAAAAGCAGAAAUCAAACCUAAUAGAAGCUAAAGCAAGAGAACGGAUCAACACGUUGGAGAAAGAAAACACAACUUACCAGGGCAAGAUGCACAACAGCUUCCAAGAGAACCAGCAGAUGCAGCUGAAAUUCCAGCAGGUGCGUGAGAAACUAGAAACUCAACUCAACCACCUGAAGCAGGAGAACGGAAUCUUGAGGGAUGCAGUGAGCUCUGCAACCAAUCAAAUGGAAAACAAGCAAUCCAGUGAACUGAACAAACUUCGUCAAGAUUACGCCAGGCUAAUGAACGAGUUGACGGAGAACAAUAACAAGGUGGCCCAAGAAGAACUUCAGAAGAAGAACUCGGAGCAAGCACUGGUCCAGUUGAAGGCACAGAUGCAGGAUGCAAAAAGGAGGAGUGAAGAAAUUGAAGCUUAUCUGAGAAAACGAACAACGGAUUAUGAAACUGCUCAGCAAGAUUUGCAAGCAAAGCUUAUGAGCAAAGAGAGUGAGGUUCAGAGUCUGCACAGCAAGCUGACGGAUACCAUAGUGAACAACCAGCAGUUGGAGCAGAGGAUUAUGCAGCUAAUGGAUGCAGGACAUGAUGAAGGUCUUCAGAUGCAGGUGCAGGAGCUUCUGAAACAGAACGAAGCCCUCAAUGUACAAAUACAGAAAUAUCACUCGCAAAUAACAGCACAGUCCCAGGCAUCAGUCCUUGUGGAAGAGAUGCAGAAAACAAUUGCUGAAAAGGAAAAGCAGAUUAAACAGACUGAAGAAUCUUUGGCUCAGGAACACGCCAGUAAUGCAAACAAUGCAGAGGAGUUCAAGUUUCUACAAAGAGACAACCUCUCACUUAAGACAGAACUUAAUAAGUUGCAGGGUGUGAAGAAUGAACAGGCUUCUGCUUCACACGCCCUGGAAGAGCUACAAAAAAGCAUUAUUGAAAAAGAUGAAACAAUCAGAACAUUAAACGAGCGACUUCAGCAGGUUUCCAACCAAGUAGACGAUUAUAAGGUGCUCCAUAAUAACCACAAGGAACUACAGUUUGAGGUUGAGAAAUUACAGUCGCUACUGAUGGAACAGGCAAACAAGGAUUUAUUAGGACAGAUGCAGAAAAGCAAUCAAGAAAAAGAUGAAAAAAUUAAAACUGUAGAAGAGCUUUUAGAGGCCGGACUCAUAGAGGUGGCAAACAAGCAAGAAGAGCUAAAGCAUCUGAAAGAAGAAAAUGCAUCUUUAAGAAUAGAGUUUCAGAGUCUGCAAGUUCAGCAAACAGAACAGAUCUCCCUGUCUUCGGUUGUGGAAGACUUAAAGAACAAGGUCCAUGAGAAGGAAGGGAAGAUCAAGUCUGUAGAACAGCAUCUGCAGGCGGAAAUCCUCCGAGCUGACAACCAGGAGAAGAAGGUUCAGGCAUUGAAUCUGGAAAUCGAAUCUCUGAAGAAAGCGUUAGCAAAUAGCCAGCUUGAAAAGGCAGAACAGGUCUCUGUUUUAUCUCGUGUCCAGGAGCUGCAGAAUGAACUGAAAGGGAAGGAAGAAACUCUCAAAACCAUAGAAGCCACAUUUAAUGAAAGUGAGAGAACAAUUGCUGACAAGCAGAGACGAAUCCAGGAGCUGGAACAGGAAGUGAGUGCGCUGAAAGUGCAUACGGAUCAGGUGCAGCAGAACUCCUCGUCGUUGCAAUUGGAGGAGCUUCAAAACUUGCUCAAGAAGCAGGAGGAGGAGCUAAAGAAUGCGCUUGCGAAGCUAAGCGAGAGGGAGGAAGAAGUCGCUCACAAAACUCGGGAAUUACAGGAUUUAAAGAAUGAAAGAGAGAUUUUGAAAGUUCAGGCGUGGGAACUACAGCAAAAACACGAUCAGCAAAUGCAGCAGAUCUCAGCAGCAGCCCAAAGUGAGGAACUAUUAAAGGCACUUGCAGAGAAGGACACAAAUAUUACAAAUCUGCAUAAUGAGCUGGAAUCUCUGAAGUCUGCAGUGGAGCAACAAAGGACGAAGAACAACGACCUUCGGGAGAAAAACUGGAAAGCUAUGGAAGCAUUGACAUCAACUGAAAAAAUGCUACAAGAGCGAAUCCACAAGACAGCUAAGGAGAAAGAGCAACUUAUACAUGCAGUAGAGGCUGAGACGCGGACGGUCCUUCAGAAGCUCUUCCCAAGUGUAUCUGUUUCUGCAAGUUUGCGGCAUUGUGAAUGGGUUCAGCAGUUUGAGAAGUUGGCACAAGAGUGUUUAAGUGACUCAGCAGGAUUAGAGAAUGUGAAGGCAAUGGAGCAGAAUUUGAAAGAGGGCACAGAAAUCAAUGUGCUGCUGCAGCAAGAAUGUGAGAAAUACAAGUCGGUUCUCGCAGAAACGGAGGGAAUCCUACAGCGGCUGCAGCGCAGUGUGGAAGAGGAAGAGGGACGAUGGAAGGUUAAAGUGGAGGAAUCGCAGAAAGAGCUAAACGAGGCGCUUUCUAAAGUGUUUACGUUGGAGCAGGAACUGGAGAGAUUUAGGACGGGGAAACACAACUCCAUAACUAUGCAAAAAGUGAAGGAUCAUUUGGAAACGGAGCUUGAGAAGGCAGAAAAUGAAAGAGCCUCUUAUGUUUCAGAAGUCAGAGAGCUGAAAGAUCUGUUGACUGAAUUGCAGAGAAAGCUGGAUGAUUCCUAUUCAGAAGCAAUAAGGCAGAAUGAAGAGCUGACCUUGCUAAAGAGGCAACUGAACGAAACACUAACAAAUUGGAAGGAGAGCAGAUGUGAGCGACAGAAAGUAGCCAAUGACUUGCACGAGGCCCAAAAAUCUCUGGAUAUCAUUCAGUUAGAAAUCCUUAAAGCUGCGGGGGGAUGCUACUGUCAUAGAAAAUAGUGGUAUCUCUUCUGAAACGGAUGGAGAGGAAAGAAAAGAAAAGAUGUUUCCAAGUUUAAAGGCCAGACAGUGUCACAACUGCAACAGCGUCUUCAGGCAGUAAAUCAGCAACUCACAAA